AUGGUAAUUGCAGUCGCGGAUGUGUUUCGAAGAAAGACCAAAAUCUUAGAGCUUCGUCCGAAACUUUUAGAACUGAGUGGCAUGAUGUGGAUAAUAGCGGCCCAGCGAGAGCAUUUCGCAGAAGAAAUAAAUGCUUUGAAAUCGGAUAAAUUACUCUCGUGCAGGUCACCGUUAUUGUCGUUGACACCUUUUUUCGAUGGAGUCUUCUUGCGUGCAAAUGGUCGCUUACAAGAGUCACCUGAGCCGCUUGAAACGAGGCAUCCAAUAAUAUUGCCAUACAGUAGCACUAAGUGUAAAGAUAGUUGUUCUUGUCGUGUGUCUUGGCUUCUGAUGUGUGCAGCUCAUUGUCGAUUAGCGCAUUCUGGCCCAGAUGCAACGUUAGCGUCGAUCCGGCAAAUAUUCUGGCCAUUGAAGGGUCGCAAACUUGCCAGUCGCGCAAUAAAGAAUUGUUGGCCGUGUCGGAAACGCUCAGCUCGCCCUCAACCGCCCCUUAUGGCAAACUUGCCCGAGGUUCGUCUGACGGAGGCGAGGCCAUUUUUGAACAGUGGGAUAGAUUACUUUGGUCCACUGUACGUGAAACGAGGACGGUCCACUGAAAAGAGAUGGGGAUGUAUUUUUACUUGUUUAUCGUGUAGAGCAGUGCAUUUGGAAUUGGCCUGGUCAAUGGAAACUGAUUCCUUCAUAUGCGCUCUUAGAAAGUUUACAGCAAUCCGAGGCCCCGUGAAAGGAAUAUGGAGUGACAACGGGUCCAAUUUCGUUGGCGCUUCAAGAGAAUUACGGCAAUUAAUUUCUGAUCUGGAUCAAACUCGCAUUACCAACGAAUGUUUGAAGAAAGGCAUUGAUUGGAAUUUUUCGCCACCUUAUGCCCCUCAUUUCGGGGGCAUCUGGGAGCGGCUCGUCAAGAGUGCAAAGCGUACUUUGAAGGCAGUCCUUGGUAACCUAUGUGUAACGGACGAAGUAUUAACGACUGCGUUCGCUGAAAUUUUCGAUAUUAUGAACAGCCGUCCUUUAACUCAUAUUGGGGACAACGUACGUGAUCCAGCACCCCUCACGCCCAAUUGUCUUAUACGUGGGCAUAAUGACGCAAAUACACCACUGGAUACGGAUUGUACAUCAACAGCGCAUCGGAGAAGAUGGAGACAAACCGAAGCAAUCUCGAAUCAGUUCUGGAAGCGAUGGCGGCGAGAGUAUCUACCAAUGUUGAUGACUCGAACAAAGUGGCUGAAAGAUCAUAGGAAUUUAUCGAUAGAUGAUAUCGUAAUUGUUGUAGAUGACGGCGCGCCAAGAGGAAGUUGGCUACUAGGAAGAGUUAUCAAAGUUUUCCCUGGAAAAGAUAACCGGGUGCGUGUCGCAACCGUUAAAACAACAAAUGGGGAAAUAACCAGACCUGUGACGAAACUAUGCCUCCUGGAAAAUGAAUAA